AUGCCAGCCAUUAGCAAGAUUAUCGUCGCUGCUAUCGCAGGGCUUGCCCUGUUGCAGCCAGCCACUGGCAUGCCAGUGAAGACUGCGAGGCAUGGAGAGCCUCAGCCAAAGACUCUUCAUGUUGAGUGUUUGGCUGGAGAAUGCUCGGAGGAGGAUCUCGCGGCGCUUCGAGCUGCCGCCCAGAUGGUGAAGGACGAUCCAUCUGGUAAGGGAUGGAAAAUCUCUUCCAAGAUCGAGCCUGCCAAAGGUGGCAAGGCUCGCCGUGACGAAGGCCUCUCUGAGGCCGACGUUAACACCAUCCUCGAGGGGAUGGACCAUGCCGACCAGGACAGCGUCGCCAGAUGCGCUGCUGGCACCUGCUCGGAGGCCGAGCUUCAGCUCCUCAAGCAGGAGCUUAACGUGGCCACCAUCCCAAACUGGCUCUGGCCGAUCAUCGGCCGCGUCCGUAAACUCAAGUUUACGUACGGUAUUGAGAUUGGGACUGACCCUGAGCCGCCUACGCCGGCUCCUAAACCAGAGCCCACGAAGGCUCCACCAACCUCCUCUCCGGCCCCCAAGAAGCCGGAGCCGACCAAGGCGCCGGAGCCAGAGCCGACUCACACAGCCUGGUAA